UCUUAUACCAAAGUCAGGCAAUCCACAAGCUUUGACAAUUGGACAGGCAUUGCCCUGCUGGACAUGGUUGGAAGAGUUGUAGCCUCCAUCAUUCGAACAGGAUUACAAAAUAUUGCUGAGGAGGCACUACCAGAAUCACAAUGUGGUUUCAGAGGCUCAGGGAGCUGCACAGGUAUCAUUUUCACAGUCCAUUAACUUCUUGAAAAGUUGUGGGAACAUAACGCAAAAUCCUUCUUCAGUUUUGUAGAUCUAAAAAAAGGCGUAUGACUCUGUUCCACGCUCAGCCAUGUGGUUAACAUUAAAGAAGCUUGGAAUUCCAUACCACACCAUUGACAUCAUCAGAUCAUUCCAUGACGGAAUGAUGGCUCAAGUCAAACUAAAUGGAACCUUGCUAGAGCCUAUCAGUGUUGAUAACGGACUACGGCAAGGCUGUUGCAUGGCUCCUGUGCUUUGUAAUCUAUACGUAUGUUUUGUAAUGGAAUGCUGGAGUACAAGAGUACAGGAUCUUAGUGUAGGUGUCAUGAUCAAUUACAAGUAUGACACAAAACUAUUUCGGAGAUACACGUGCAAUUCUACUGAAAUGCUGCUACCUGACUGUCACUAUGCGGAUGAUGCUGCCCUGCUGUCAACUACUAGAUCAGGGGCUAUGAGAGCGUUGACUGGAUAUGUGAAGACAAGUCAAGAUUUUGGUUUAUCAUUGAGCAUUUUGAAAACUAAGGUGAUGGCUGCAGGUAUGGAGGCAUGUUCCAAAGAUUGCAGUCCCAUACAUACUGAACAUGGUGACAUUGAAUAUGUGCAAUAUUUCACAUAUCUUGGAUCCACAAUUAAAGCUUUAGAGAAAUUAGACUUGGAUGUUGAUUGCAGAAUUACGAAAGCAUCCAAGACAUUUGGAGCUUUACGUAAAGCUGUGUUUGAAGAUAAAAAUCUGACUACAUUGACAAACGCAAAGUAUAUGAUGCUCGUGUGCUCUCUACACUAUUAUAUAGCUCUGAAUCGUGGACCCCUUUGA